AGCCAUUUUGGCUCAAGCUGUUUCAGCAGCGGGACCGGCGGGGUAGCGCAGCCGAUAGCCAUCAUGGCGACGCUGGGCGCGGCCAGCGUGCUGCUUCCACCAAGGGUCGCUUGACCGCAGGUGGCCUUGAUCUGCGACGUUGAUGUUUCGGUUCGGUAUCCUGGCGCUUCUGGCAGCACAAAAUGCUGGACAGACCCUGAUCAUCAAGUACGCGCAACAUCAUGGAAGCCAUCCUGACACGCUGGUCUUGAUGGUGGUCGUUGAGCUAGGGAAGCUGGUCGUGUCAAUGGUCCUGUUCUUCAUGUUCGAGGCCGACGUCACCUGGAUCCAGUUCUUCUCGCCAUCCGCAGUCAGGCGAAGCUUCAAGCUGGCGCCGCCAGCGCUGAUGUUCGCUCUGCAGAACCAGAUCCUUUUUGUGGCGGUGCAGAAUCUGGACCCGCCGGUGUUUCAGGCCCUGACUCAACUGAAGAUUCUCUUCGCUGGAGUUUUCAGUUACGUGCUGCUGAACAAGCGGCUGUCUCAGGUGCAAUGGGUGGCUCUGCUGCUUCUGGCGAGUGGGGCGGCACUCGUGCAGGUAGAGGCAUCGAUGUGCAAGGCCAUGAGCAACAAGAACGAGGACGCCGACCCGUUCAAGGGGCUCGUGGCGGUGAUCACCAUGUCCGUGAUGUCUGGCCUCGCGGGCUGCUACACGGAGAAGAUGCUGAAGACGGAAAAGCUCCCCAUGUGGCUGCAGAGCGCGGAGGUGGCCGGUUUCAGCAUCCUCGUGCUCACGUUCAUGUGUAUGUGGUCGCGCGUCAGCAUGAUCAGCUUGGACAUGAACGUCCUGGACAGCAAGCGGACCGACACCAUCAUGGACAGCCUCAUGAAGGGGUUCGUUCCGCUGACGUGGGUCGUCGUCGUCGUGAUGUCCCUGGGGGGCCUCAUAGUGGUCGCCGCGCUGCGAUACGCCGACAACGUGAUGAAAGGCAUGUCUGUCGUGGCCUCGCUUGUCUUGAGCGGCAUGUGGUCGGCGCUGGCAUUUGGCACAUCCCUGAGUGCAAUCUUCGUCCUCGCCACCGUCGUCAUCUGCGCUGCCAUGUUCCUGUACCAGGCAGCGCCUUCUGUGGCCACAGCGGACACGGCUCAGAACCACGCGUUCCUGCGGGCCAUCUCGCGGACAGCGCUGUCGCCCGGCAAGAGGGCGGCCGAGAGCGACGAGGAGACUCCGGAGGAGCCCCUGAAGGCCGAGACGAUGAUCUCGAAGGGAGGCCAGUGAGCUGCCGCCGGCCUCCGUGGAGCGCCCGUGCCGAACGCGUGGCGACGGGGCCCGUGGUGUUCCGCUGGUGUGCUGAGUGCGGGUGUGGUCCACGAGUUGUGUUACUGAGCAAAAGGAAAGUGCCGG